AUGAGCUCGGAUCGUCAGCCAAAGUAUCGUCAGGAGAUUCAGCAGACGGACAACACUGAGGGCAAGGAAUAUUUGUGCAUUGUUUCCGAAAACACACGAACCUUGAGCUCUCCCAUGGAAAUUCUUGCCGACUCUAUGCAAACCGAUCCUAUGGCCACCUCCCUGUGUGAUACUGAUACUUCCGGAUACGACUCCGGAUACGACGCGGAUGUGGAAAGCCAAACGGAGACCCACAUUUCUCAACGAAGACGCUUUCGCAAAUUCCGGUCUUCAGCCUACAAAGGACUGUUUCGCGAUUCCACUGGCAAGUUAAUUGAAGGCAGUGGUUCACCUCUUCCAGGUUCCGCUAGUCUCAUUGCCCAUCAUUGCGGUGUGAAUCCUCUUGCGACAGACAAUAAAGAUAAUGCGGAUCAUUACGAUGCUUCGGAUAGCGAUGGCGAUAGCGACUCCUCGGAGUUUUGGCGCUCCUCUCCUAUCGCAGCUGAUGACAUAUCAAUCGAUCAAGAUCCCGCCAAUGAAGACCCCGCCAAUGAAGACCCCGCCAAUGAAGAACCUGCCAAUGAAGAACCUGCCAAUGAAGAACCUGCCAAUGAAGAACCUGCCAAUGAAGAACCUGCCAAUGAAGAACCUGCCAAUGAAGAUGCAGCCGAGCAAGCUGCAGCUGAUGAAGUUGACCAAGAAACUGAUGACAACUUUCGGAAGACGAUUGAUGGUUAA